AAUAUAUUUAUUUUUAGAAAUUUACAUGCUAUCAUUAAUGAACAAACUAAACGUGUUAUUGUGAUUUGUCAAAAGUCAAAGUAAGUUGUCAUUUUGUUUGAGGUUAUGAUUUAUAAAUAAAAAUUGCUAUUUUCUUGUAUUUCGACUAUGCCGCGAGACAAAAGUCGGUAUAGAGAUAGACGGAGUUCUUCAUACAGUUCCGAGUCAUCCUACGAUCGGAAAAGAUCAAAAAGUAAACACAAGCGCAGGUCAAGAUCGAGAGAUCGAUCGGAAUCAAGUAGCCAUAAAAGAAAACGGUCUACUUCACGGUCCAGACACAAAAGAAGAAGUUACAGUAGAAGCCUGUCCAGGGAUAGAUACGAGUCGAAAUCUAGAAGACGAUCUUCAUCAAGACCUCGAUCGAAGCGGGACCGCUCACGAUCGUUGUCGAGUAGCCGUAGUAAAACUAAGUACAGUAAGAAAAAAUCAAAGAGGUCGCGUUCUUCCAGCAGUCGGAGUGCCCGGAGUAGCUCAUUUGAUAUUGAGCGCUUACCACAAACCAAGAAGGUAAACCUAGAUGACACAGAAACUAAAUUGGAGAAAGCAAUCAAAGCUGCAGCCGCUGCAGGAUUGACUAUGACAAAAAUUCCCACUUAUGAGUACAAGGAGGUUGAAAUCAAGGAGGAUAUGCCAACUAUACAUGACAGGAACCUUUUAGCAGAGUUGAACAGUGACUCAUUUGUUCAAAAAUCUUUUACUUCUUCAAAGAAUAAGAAGCAAACACAAAAUAUUGUGAUAGACUUAAACUCGCAGACAGUUACUGUACCUGAAGCGGAAAUAAAGAUUUCUAGUGAUGAUUCCAUUAUUGAUUUUGAUGAAAUACCAAGUGAAGUAGAAUUAAGAGAGAUGUGGAUUCAACAACUCUACCAAUACAGAAAGAAGAUGGUCAAAGGAGAAUAAUUAUAAGAGAAAAAAAUAGUGUAAUUUAUUUUAAUACUGGUAUUAUAAUAAUGAUUCCCACA